ACGCAAAUGUGUUGUUAAAUGCUUAAAUAUUGUCGGGGUUGGGGGAAGGCAUGGGUAGUUGAAGACCGCGCAAAAGAAAUUGUGCGUGGGUGCACAGAUGAUAGCGCUGCUUUGUAUUGUUGCCCUGGCUGCUGAUGCCCCGCCUCUGAUGGAAGCCUUAAACCUGGCACCAAGCUAAAACAAACGAAAGUCAGCUUCGAGCUCCCACUCAAACCAAUUAAGGCGGACUCCAGUGCACACUCAUACAUUUCCAUCCUGAUGCAGCGACGGUGAAACAACAGAAACAGAGGAGCUGGCCAAAAAAAAAGAAGGAGAGAUUGCCUUGCCUUCUUAAUUUCUCCCUUUCCAACACAGAACAAUGUCGAUGAGCCCUAAGCAUACGACUCCUUUUUCUGUAUCCGAUAUCUUAAGUCCUCUUGAAGAGAGCUACAAAAAAGUGAGUAUGGAGGGGAACAACUUGGGGGCUCCUCUUGCCUCGUACAGACAACCUCAAGUCACGCAAGCGGCGAUGCAGCAGCACCACAUGGGCCACAAUGGAACAGUACCCGCUGCCUACCACAUGACUGCAGCUGGAGUUUCCCAGCUGUCACAUACAGCCAUGGGGGGCUACUGUAACGGGAAUUUGGGCAACAUGAGCGACCUGCCGGCCUAUCAAGACGGCAUGAGAGGCAGCACUACGGCCACCAGCUGGUACGGAACGAAUCCGGACCCACGCUUCUCUACAAUCUCUCGUUUCAUGGGCUCCUCGUCUGGGAUGAAUAUGGGCAGCAUGAGCACGCUGAGUUCACUGGCGGAUGUUGGAAAAGGCAUGGGUCCGCUGACCAGCACGCCUCGCAGGAAGAGACGAGUACUCUUCUCCCAGGCGCAGGUGUACGAGCUUGAGCGACGCUUCAAGCAGCAGAAGUACCUCUCCGCGCCGGAAAGGGAACAUCUGGCCAGCAUGAUUCACUUGACUCCGACUCAAGUUAAAAUUUGGUUUCAAAACCACCGAUAUAAGAUGAAAAGGCAGGCCAAGGACAAAGUGUCCCAGCAGCAAAUGCAACAAGACAAUGGCUCCUGUCAGCAGCAGCAACAGUCUCCACGGCGGGUGGCCGUGCCGGUGUUGGUGAAAGACGGAAAGCCAUGUCAGGGUAGCAGCCAUACACCCAACACUGGUGUACAAAACCACCAUCACCAGGGGGGAAACGUCAUGAUUAUGUCCAAUAACAGUUCUUCAAUGGGCCAGCAUCAAAGUCAGCAGGUAGGCAGCGCCGGCCAGUCCCCAGAUCUGGGUCAACACGCUGCAAGCCCCCCAUCUCUCCAAACCCAGGUAUCCGGCCUGUCACACCUAAACUCUUCCGGUUCCGAGUAUGGAGCUGCCUUGCCCUGCUCCGCUCUGCUUUAUGGCAGGACAUGGUGACAUCGGAACAGACAAUAACAAAAUGACAGGUGGAUGCAGAUCAUCUGUAUACUCUGCUCAAACAGACCAUGAGAAAAGUGGUUGCGCUCUGAAAUAAUUGUCUCCUUUCUGGAGGGAGAAAUGACAAGGCUACGAGCAACACGAGGAUUGCCAAAUGUCAAAGGUAUCAAAUCUUUUAUUUUGAGGAUGAGCGCCAAAACACCAUUAAGAAGAUGGAAUUAUUUAUACACACUAGAUUUUAAAUGGAGACUGAUUUAAACACUUAAAUCAAAUAUUCUGUCAUCCUGUUGGAUUAAAAAAAUGUCCCGACAACGAAGACAUCUCCCCUCACAUUUAGACUGCUAAAUACCUUUCAUGAUUUCUUAUAGAUUUCACUGUAAAACUUAGCUUGUAUAUUUCUGUAAAAGGUUUGGACUGAUUACAUAGUUUUUAGCGAUAUGUAUAUUGUACAAAAUUUUUAUCGAUUUUAAGGUUCACAUGUUUUUUUCAGUUUCAUUGUUAUUUGUACGUUUAAUCUUCUUGUAACUUAUAUAGAUAUUUGACUUAAACGCAGUCAUACAAUCAUAUUAAUAAAUUAUGACAAUAAUGGCAAUAGCCUAACAAUAUGUUUGUUUUAAAUGUGGGUGUAAGAAUCAAUCAAUCGGCGGCGCUAAAAGUGGGACCUGAUCAAUUGAACGAUUUUUCUUCAAGAAAACUAGUUUAAAAGUCAUCAAGCUUCCACACAAUCGGCCAUUACAUUUGUUCAAGCUUUAUGGAGACGCAUCAGAAGGAUUUUUGCU